AUGGAGCUCUCGUGCGACAUCGACGACAAUCGUUGGGUGGUCGUCCGGCCCUCCACCUCGUCGGAUGACCCUCUGUGCCUGGAGCUUCUCCUCCGCUGCAAGCACAACGACGCCAUCUUUGCCACCCGCGAAAUCAAGUGGACCCCGAAGGAGCCGAUGCCGCAAAAGCUCACCUACGACGCCGAGCUGUCGAUGAUCUCGCUGACGGGCAGCACGAUGAAGGUCGACACGCCAUAUAGUAUCAAAGCCGCGAAGGUGAUCUGCCCGGAUUUGGCCGACGCGCCGCAGCGUGUUAUCACGCUAAAAUCCUUCCGGAGCGCCGAGCCAGCAGCCGACUCGAGCGAUCGUCUCGGCAUCUUUCUCGCCAUUCUCGACCUCGUCAACUCACAGGGCCGCGACAAGGAGUGGAAGGCCCUGAAAAAGCGGGUGAAGAGCGUGGAGCAGAUGCCGGACCUGCGCGGCCACUUUUCGCACUACGAGCAGAAGCGGCUGAUCGACUGCCUCGACGCCAAGGAGGACAGCCCCUCGUUUCUCACCAUCGCCAAGGCCCUCGCCGCCGCCAAUGUUUUUGGGUACUUCAACAAGUUCGUGGAGCUGCUGACCGACGCCGGCCAGGACGAGCUGCUCGUCGAGAUGAUGGACGGGAUGGCCGUCAUGUCCGAGACGCUCUACGCCGGCAUCCUGGCCAUCAUCGCCAAGAAGGACAAGCCGGAGGCGCUGCCCCUUCUCGAACGACUCCUUUCCAGGGCCUAUGGCGAGCGGUUUCUCAUUGAGCAACUCCAAUCCCUCGACGCCACCACCGGCGCCCGGCUGGCCGACAUGCUGCUGGAGUUGAUCGGCGCCGGCAGCGAGGUCGUCUACGGACAGGCCCUCCGCCUGCUCUCUGUACUGCUCGACGCCCUCGGCAGCCGCUUCAUCUGGGGCGACGCCGCCCACGAGCAGCUACUGCCGAUGGCGGGAACGAUUGGCGAUUUGGCGGCCCUCAUCGACACGUUCAUCACGCUGGACUCGUGCCGCCACCGCGAGGAGCAGAUCAACGCAGCCAUCCCGGCCAAGUCCUACAUUAUCAGAAAGGUCAAACUCGUGCCGAUCGGCGGGAAAAAGAAGAACAAGAAGAAGAAGAGGACGACCUCCAUCGCCGGCGACGAACCCCCAAAGCAGCACAUCCCCGCCAAGCAGGACGAUGGCAAGAAGCCGAAACGGAAGCGCUCGGCCAAACGACCGCAAAAAGACGCCCCGGCAACCCCGGUGCCCCAAGCCACGCCUCUAGCUCAGCGCUCAAGGACCACCUCGGCCUCAAAAUCCACCGAACACACCCCGCUCGCCUCGCCCACGGCCCCGCCACGCAGCCGCCGCGCCAGCCUCCGCCAUUCCAUCGGCGCCGACGACAUCUUCGGCAAGGAGAACGCCACCGCCUCAGAAACCGGGCGCCGCUCCCGCAACCGGCACUCCACGUCUUCUAACGGAGCCCCAGAAGCCCAGGAAUCCGCUAAACUCCCCGAUGACGUCGCCAAACCCAGGAAAAGCCGCCGGAGCAGUGGCGCCUCGCUUCCGGAUGAGCCAAUGGACACCAGCGAGCCGCCGGAGACGCCGAAGACGCACAGGCGGUCGAGGAACGGGCUGUCGGCUUCGUCGAACGGGACGGUAGAUGACGUCGUCGAGGUGGAGAAGACGCCAAAAUCGGCUCGGCGUGCCCCAGAAGACGCUGUUGACGUUGGAAAAACGCCAAAAUCGGCUCGUCGUGCUCCAGAAGUGGUCGACGACGUCGUCAAGUCACCAAAAUCGGCUCGUCGUGCUCCCGAAGACGUUGUCGACGUCGGAAAAACGCCAAAAUCCGCUCGACGCGCUCCAGAAGCGGUCGACGACAUCGUCAAGUCGCCCAAAUCGGCCCGCCAUGCUCCAGAAGCCGCCGACGACACUGUCAAGUCAGUGCGCCGCACCCAGUUAAACGGCUCCUCCGAGUCGCUCGCCAACGGAAAGCCCGAACACCACGAAGUAGUCGUCGAUUCUAAAACCCCGCGCCGCCGCUCCCUGCGCAGCUCGGACAAGGAUGUCGAGCCGGUAGAUGAACCCCCGAAGAGCACCCGCAGGCGCCAGAAGCAGGAGGAGCAGCACGACGUCGCCAAGGAGAACGGCGACCUGGAAGGUGCCACGCCGGCCGUCUCGAAGACGUCACGGCGAUCCCAGAAACUGCCGAACGGGGCUGCCGGCGAUGGAGGGGACGACGUCGUGAUGGUCGAGUCGACGCCGUCGCUGCGCAGCGCCUCGCGUCGCGGUCGCCGCGAGAUGUCCGCCGCGUUGGCGGAUGACAUGGACGGGCCCUACUGGAAGCCAGCCGCCGAAAAUGAGCCGGCCAGCGUCGUCCCCUCUCAACUUCCGGCCGGCACGCCCGCUCGCUUCACCCGUGCCUCGUCGGUGAUGUCGGACUGCGGGAGCAGCUACAACCUCCGCAGGCGCCAGUCGAGCCGCGAGCCCGAGCCACAGCCGGUGAACCAAAACAAGGCCACCCCCGCGAAGGCGAACGGCAUCCCCGAGACGCCCAAGCAGCUGGCCCCCAUCUUCGAGGAGUCCGCCAAAAGGAAGUCGGCCGCCAGAAAGUCUAAGGUGAACGGCAGCAGCGCCCCGGCCGACGUCAUCGAGCUGUCCGAC